ACCACCAUGACCCAGUCCAAGAACUCCGCCGAACAGGCGUACCUCGAUCUCUGCCAGUACAUCAUAGACAACGGUGAAAACCGUCCUGAUAGAACCGGUACCGGCACGCGCUCCGUUUUCGCUCCUCCACAGCUCCGGUUUGACUUGUCCAACGACACCUUCCCACUCUUGACCACCAAAAAAGUGUUCUCCAAGGCAAUUAUUCAUGAGCUUCUUUGGUUCGUGGCCGGCUCCACCGAUGCCAAGCUCUUGAGCGACAAGGGAGUCAAAAUAUGGGAAGGAAACGGGUCCAGACAGUACUUGGACUCAUUGGGGUUGACCCACCGCAGAGAGGGUGAUUUGGGGCCAGUGUACGGGUUCCAGUGGAGACACUUUGGAGCUGAAUACAAGGACUGCGAUGCAGACUACGCUGGCCAGGGCUUUGACCAAUUGCUGGACGUCAUCAAGAAGUUGAAGACGAAUCCUUACGAUAGAAGAAUCAUCAUGUCGGCGUGGAACCCACCUGAUUUCGCCAAGAUGGCGUUGCCUCCCUGCCAUGUUUUCUGUCAGUUUUACGUCAACUUCCCUGAGAACGCCAGGCCCAAGUUGUCGUGUCUUCUCUACCAAAGAUCGUGUGAUAUGGGCUUGGGUGUCCCAUUCAACAUCGCUUCCUACGCGUUAUUGACCAAAAUGAUCGCUCACAUCGUGGACAUGGACUGUGGAGAAUUCAUACACACCAUGGGUGAUGCCCACGUAUACUUGGACCACAUCGAUGCUUUGAAAGAGCAAUUGACAAGAAUACCUAGGGACUUCCCUAAGCUCCACAUCAAGGCUGAAAGAGCUGACCACAUCAAGACCAUAGACGACUUUAAAUACGAAGACUUCGAAAUCUCCGAGUACGAUCCUUACGGUCCUAUCAAGAUGAAAAUGAGUGUUUAAUAUAUGCGAUCCUAACGAA